AUGAAUUACUUAGUUCAUUCACCGUCUAUAAAAACUGAUGAUUAUCGCGAUAUUAAGAAAGAUGAUGAUGAUAAAGUAACACCACAAGUAAUACAAGUAACAAGUUUCUCGAAGCGGUUUUAUCGUGAUUCAUUACAAUGUGGAUUUAAAGAACAUUUAAUUACUAGAGGCAUUUGUGAUUAUGAUUUAGAAGAACCAACAGUACAUGUAAGACGAAAAUCAAUUAAAUUAUGCCAAAGUUAG